GGGCGGAAUGGGGAAGAUGAAGCGGUGUUCUCGUGGUAGAAAAGCGAGGUGCAGACCCACGGGGCUCUCUUCACUCCUGGAGACAGAGAAAGGAGUGGAGGAGAACAUACCUAAAGUGACCAUGCCUCUUCUGGAAAAGGUCUCAUCUACGGAUCUGGCAGAGAGGGAGUGGGCCUGCCGCUCCGUUGCACACCUGCUGUGCGAGACAGACGCCCAGCAGACACUGCUUAAUCACCAGGGACUUCCCCACGCAUUAACAGCUCUGUUACUGGACCCUGAGUGGAGUGUGAGAGUAGCAGCUGCCGGGGCCCUCAGGUCAGUCUCUCACGGUCCAUCUCUUCCCUUCUAUCAUCUUCUGUGAAGCGACACCAACACAUAUGUAAACCCUGAGGGAUGAACUCCAAUUGCUCCACGAUAGCUAUGGAGAGGCAGGGGUUCGUGUAGAAUAGAUCAUU